AUGCACGUAACUGUAGACUCGACAGUUGCUGAUGGCAGUAGAGAUAUCAAGUUCCUUACAUUCAACACCUGGGGGCUCAAGCAUGUCUCGAAGUUCCGCAAAGAACGAUUAAAAGCUAUCGCAGAGAAGCUGGGUGGGAAAUCAAGUGCGCUGCCGCUGCACGGACUUUCAGCAGUUCACUCAGGCACAGACGACUACGAUGUGGUAGCUCUACAGGAAAUAUGGUGCAAAUCUGAUUGGGACUACAUUGAGCGCAAAUGUCAACACAAGUACCCAUAUCGACGUCUGUUUUACUCAGGCAUAUUGACGGGGCCCGGUCUGGCAAUCCUAUCCAAAAUUCCUAUCGAAUCUACAUUUUUGUACCGUUUUCCUAUUAACGGAAGACCAAGUGCGUUUUUCAGAGGAGACUGGUAUGUGGGCAAAUCCCUCUCAGUUACACUCCUAAGGCCAGCAACCAAAGAUGGAUAUCCCUUAGCCAUUCUGAAUAGCCACAUGCAUGCCCCAUAUGCGGCCUCUGGAGACGCUGCGUACUACUGUCAUCGUUCAUGUCAAGCGUGGGACUUGAGCAAAAUGGCAAAUCUUUAUAAGUUAGCCGGAUAUGCCGUUGUAAUUGUUGGAGAUCUGAACUCCAAACCAGGGACAUUGCCUCACAAGUUUCUAACUAAGGAAACUGGAUUUGUGGAUUCGUGGGAACAGUUGCAUGGCGAACAAGAUCUGGCACAUAUUUCCAAGCUGGAACCAUUACGGCAAAUAGAGUACGGUGGCACCACUUGUGAUUCGAUUAUGAACACUUGGCGGUCCAUGCGCAGGCCCGAUGAGGCUUGCAGACUUGAUUACGCCUUAAUCGAUCCUAGUAGGCUAGAAACGGUUCAGGCUUGUGUGAAGUUUACCGAGAGAAUCCCCGAAAUCGGUAGUUUCUCUGAUCAUUUUGCAUACAACUGCACGUUGCGCUUGCGUCCAAAAGAUCUCAACUCGCACACCAACGAGGAAAACGCUCGCGAGUCGAUCUUGGAGCGAAUGGCGAAUUACGAAGAAAUGGCCAAGGUUAUAGAAAACUACAAGAGGGUGGCCAACUGGCAAAAAGUGUGGCGGGGAACGCACUUCUGGCUCACGAUUUUGGGUAUUAUAGCCGUGCACAUUGUUAUAACUUUCACUUCGAAUCGCGCAGGCUGGUCCUCAGUGUUUUGGGUAUUUUUCGUCACGAUCAUUACGGCUGCGGGUCUUAUAAACGGAUUGAUUGCUUUCUUAUUCGGUAGAAGUGAGUUACGCGCGUUGGAGGAAGUGAGCAUGGAGGUCCAAGAUGCCAAGCGGCACGCCUGCAGAUUGUUAGACGAUAAGCUCUGA